AUGCCUAGAUUUUGUUUUUGCUUGCCAUUCACCCUUGUGCUCAUAUUACAAUGUAUACUCACCUGCUUGCUCACUCUCCCCCCCACCCCAUUCUCUUCUCUAGCUUUUUCUCCUAACACCCCGCCGUCGCUAGCACCUCCCACCCAGCCGUCUCUCUCCCUCCCAUCCCCCGUAUCCUCUUUCUCCCUCCUCGCCGUCGCGUCUCCUCCUUCCCGCCGUCGCCUCUCCUCCUCCUCGCCGUCGCAUCUCCUCCUUCCCGCCGUCGUCGCCUCCCACUCCUCCCCGCCGUCGCCUCCCCUCCUUCCCGCCGUCGCCUCUCCUCCCCCCGCCGUCGCCUCCCCCUCCUCCCCGCCGUCGCCUCCCCCUCCUCCCCGCCGUCGCCUCCCCCUCCUCCCCGCCGUCGCCUCCCCCUCCUCCCCGCCGUCGCCUCACCCUCCUCCCCGCCGUCGCCUCCCCCUCCUCCCCGCCGUCGCCUCACCCUCCUCCCCGCCGUCGCCUCCCCCUCCUCCCCGCCGUCGCCUCCCCCUCCUCCCCGCCGUCGCGUCACCCUCCUCCCCGCCGUCGCGUCACCCUCCUCCCCGCCGUCGCCUCCGGCGACAGGUGCACGAGCGCCAGCGCGAGUUGGUGCGCGAGCGCGAGUUGGUGCGCGAGCGCGAGUUGGUGCGCGAGCGCGUUGGUGCGCGAGCGCGGAUUGUUUCAUGA